AUGCUUUUAAAAAUAAUUAGAGAACAAUUUCGACUAAAUAACAGGCUAUAUCGCUGCCUUCUUUGUGAAUUUGUGGCAACUACUUUUCUUAUUUAUGUCGGCCUAUGUAUUAAUGCACAAAUGUUUUUAUCUAAUGGAGAAAAGUUAUCAGUUGUGGGUAAUUGUAUUGGUUGGGGAUUAACGUUAACUUUGGCAGUACAAUGUGCCUAUCGUUGUAGUGGUGCUCAUUUAAACCCAGCAGUUUCCUUAUUUUCUUGGUCUUUUGGCACAUUGAAUUCUUUUAAACAUUUUUGGUUUUAUACAAUUGUACAAGUGGCUGGGGCUUUUGUUGGGGCCGCUCUUUGUUUUGUUUUAUAUUAUGAUAAAAUUGAAGAGUUUGAUGGAGGAAUUAGAACAGUUAGUGGACCAAAUGCCACAGCUGCUAUUUUUGCUACUUAUCCAGGCAGCCAUUUAAGUACUAUUGGGGCAGUAAUUGAUCAGAUUUUCUCAACAGCAAUGCUGUGUUUUAGUUUGGGAAUUAUUACAGACGAGAGAAAUGAAAUCCCAAUAGCAGCACAACCUCCAUUAAUGGGUGUAAUGCUUGCUAUGCUUUGUAUGGGGUUUGGCUUAAAUUCAGGCAAUGCAAUGAAUCCAGCUAGAGAUCUUGGACCCAGACUUUUUACUUUAAUUGCUGGUUAUGGUUGGGAAGUUUUUAGUUAUAACAACUAUAAAUGGUUCUGGAUACCCAUAUUUUGUCCAUUUGGUGGUGCUCUUUUAGGUUCCUGGUUAUAUCAAAUACUUAUUGGGGCACAACUGGAUAUUUCAUUAAAGAAAAUCUCGAGCCAUUACACAAAUCAGAAGAGAAAAUAUCAAAAUCUUCACUUUUUACUUUAGAUACUCAUAAAAAAAAUUCUAAAGAGAGGCUAGCGAAAAUAUCAGUAAUUAAUAAUUUAUCUAAACCAGCUACUGUAU